AUGAAGUUCAACGCAAUUUUAAUAUUGGGUGCUCUUAUUGGGUUUUUUAUCAUGAUUCAAGCAAUUCCAAUUGAAGAUGUUAAUGUUAAAGGCAUUGAAAAUUCAAACGGUCUUAAAGCACGUGACACGGCCGAACAUGAAACCGAAUUAGAAAAACGACAAAGAACUUCUAAUAGUGGUUACAGUUGGUAUCGUGACGGAAACUCAACUGGCAAUCUUCGGACCGGUUUAGGAGCAGUAAAGUUAAGUCCCGAAGUUAAAAAAGUUUCGUUAACGUUUACGAGAAAACAAGAUAAUGCAGGUGCAAGAUAUUUUUUACGAGAAAAUUUACCUCGAAUAGCUUAUCAUAAUCCUAAUGUUCCCAUUGAAGUUAAUAUUUCAAAAGAGUACGGAGUAAAACCUAUUUUGAAAAUUGAAUUUGAUCCAAUUCCUUAUUAUUCACCUUAUUAUUCACCUCCUUUAUCACCUUAUUCACAAUCAUCAUCAUAUAGAAAUAGAUUAAUACCAUCUGAACCAGAAUCAAUUCGUUAUAAUGAAAGAAGAAUGAAUUCUCGAUAUGAGAAAUAUGAAAUUAAAUAA